AUGAUUUUCCUCGCGUGUUCGCGUCGGGAACGCACUUAUGCCAUUCCCCUUUCCCUCUCAUUCUCCCCUUCGCUCUCCCUUUCUCUUUCGCUCUCCCUUCCCCCCUCGCUCUCAUUUUCCCCUGCUCUCCGUUUCCCCCUCACUCUCCCUUUUCCCUGCUCUUCCUUUCCCUUGCUCUCCCUUUUCCCCUUGCUCUCCCUUUUCCCCUCACACUCACUCUCCGCAUUCCUCCCCCUUUCCCCCUCACUCUCCCUUCCCCCACGCUCUCCCUUUCCCUCUCGCCCCCCGCUCUCCCCGUCCCCCUCACUGUCCCUUAACCCCACUCCCGAGUUCCGCCUCUGCAAGACCACCUGCCAGGAGCAUACCUUUCUCCCUCUCCCUCUCCCACUCCCUCUCCCUCUCCCUCUCCCACUCCCUCUCCCUCUCUCACUCCCACUCCCUCUCCCUCUCCCUCUCCCACUCCCUCUCCCUCCCCCACUCCCACUCCCUCUCCCUCCCCCACUCCUACUCCCUCUCCCUCCCCCACUCCCACUCCCUCUCCCUCCCCCACUCGUACUCCCUCUCCCUCCCCCACUCCCACUCCCUCUCCCUCCCCCACUCCCACUCCCUCUCCCUCCCCCACUCCUACUCCCUCUCCCUCCCCCACUCCCACUCCCUCUCCCUCCCCCACUCCCACUCCCUCUCCCUCCCCCACUCCCACUCCCUCUCCCUCCCUCGCUCCCACACCCUCUCCCUCCCCCACUCUCACCUCUGCAUGACCUGUCAGGAGCGUAUCUGCGCCAUCUCCAAGCCACACUGUCUGCUUGCUUCAAUCGGCCUCCUCCCUCUUGA